AUGUGUGUUGUAUCCAACCGUCAUGAAAACAUAAUAAAGAAUGUGAGUGUUGUAUAUCUGAAUGUGCCGCAUCUCGCAUGCAUUUGGCACUUGUGGAAGAAUGUUUGCACAAACUUCAGGAAGAGUAAAGAUAAACUUAGCGAUAUUUACUAUGCUAUGUCCAAGGCUUACUGCAAAGAUGAGUUUGAUUUUUUUUGGAAUCAAGUUAGGAAGAUUGAUAAGAGGGUAAAGUCUUAUUUUGAGGAUGCUGGAUUUGAAAAGUGGGCACGCAUGUAUGCAUCUGUUAAUCGCGGUAGAAUGAUGACUUCAAAUAUAGCGGAGUGCAUAAAUGGUAAAUUAAAGCUAGCACGUGAGUUACCGAUAAUAGAAUUUUUGGAGCAGGUUAGUGCGUCAUCAACAUAUGUAUAUUCUGUUUAUAAUGACGGGAGGAAGUAUAUAGUAUGUCUUGAUAAGAGGACUUGCUCUUGUGGUAGAUUUCAAUUGGAUGAGAUAACAUGUGAACACGUGAUUGCAGUACUAAAAAGCAAGCAUGUAGUUGAUAUGAAGCCUUAUUGUUCAAAGUUUUAUUAUCCUGAAACAUUAAGGAAGACGUAUGAAGAAUCUAUGUUUUCAAUGACCGAUAAGAAGGACUGGAUUGUGCCACAUAAAGUUAUGAACGAAGUUGUGCUACCAUCAAAAUACAAACGUCAACCCUAA